AUGAACGACGCGCAAUACAAAGACAAAAAUUCCAUGUCAUUACCACACCCUGAAAAGUCCUUUAUCAAGUGUACCGUUCAAGAGGUUCUCCAGAAGUGCAACCUCCCGUUCGACAGGCUUCCGUUCGACGAAAACUUCUACAACCGAUGUAAAGAGAUGUUGGACUCCAAAUACCAUUUACCAUCGUCGAUCGGUCCAUACCUCUACGUCGGAGCCUCCAUCGCCUCUACAGCAUAUUCCCAUCUUCCAGAGGACAACCGAGUGCACGUCGCCAUAUAUACUACACUUGUGUCAGCGCUAGAUGAUAAUAGUCACAAGCGGAUGGAAGGUUUCAACCAUCGGUUCGUGAAAGGACUUCCGCAGGACGAUCCCAUCCUCGAUGCUCUGGCAAAACAUCUUCUCGAUGCACAUGAGUAUUAUGGUCAAAUACAGUGCAACUUGAUUGUGACGUCCACGUUGGACUUUGUAACUUCUUUGAUGAUGGACAUAGACAUGACAAACGUAGCCUGCUCACCCAGUUUCGCCGCUUACUGUCGAAGUAUUUCUGGCGUCCAGGUGGCCUACACGAUGUUUAUGUUCCCGAAGAGCAUCGAGUUCACAUCGUAUAUUCACUGUUUACCUCACAUAUCAAUUUACAUCAAUUACCUGAAUGACGUGCUUUCGUUUUACAAGGAGGAGCUUCGGGGGGAGGAGGAAAACUUUGCAUCUAUGCUCGCAAAGGAAUCUCUGAUCACGAAGCAGGAGGCCAUUCAGCGCCUCGCUGAUGACGUUGUAGAAGCCGAGAGAAAUAUCUCGAAAGGAUUGGCUGGCAAUCAGUCCGCCUUGGACAUUUGGCAGAGCUUCAAAGUGGGAUUUGUUCGUUUCCAUACCUCAUGCCACCGGUACAAGCUCCAGGAGUUAUUCGAACUCCCAUUGACUUCCUGGGAGAUCCAGAAGAUGGGCUAA